AUGAAAAAUAAUAUAUUGGUAGUAGUAACAGUAGGCCUAGUUUUACUACUCAUCAUGGAAGCCUGUUAUGGUCAACUAAAAAUAGGAUUUUACAAAGAAAAAUGUGAUUAUGAAGAUGUUGAAUCUAUUGUCAACAAAGUUGUGAAUGAAAGUUUCGCUAGUGACCAUUCUAUUGCAGCUGCACUUCUUCGCAUGCAAUUCCAUGACUGCUUUGUUACUGGAUGUGAUGCAUCAUUGCUUCUUGAUGGAGAUACAAGCGAAAAGAAGGCAGUCGCAAACCUAAAUGUAAGAGGUUUUGAAAUAAUCGACAAAGCAAAAACUGCACUCGGACAAGCUUGCCCAGGUACUGUCUCUUGUGCGGAUAUUAUUGUCAUGGCGACUCGGGACGCUGUUGCCUUGAGCGGAGAAUGCAAUACCAAGGCGAUGUCGUCAACGUUGGACCAAAACCUUGAAGUUCCAUGUCGUUGA